GUCAAGAUUUUUGGAGGGGACUUGUACGAAGUGUUCAAACUGACAGAAUCUCCGCACGAUAACCUGAAGCCAAGGCUGAAAAUAUGCUGUAGUCGUCGCCUGUGAGCAGCUCUGGUCCACAUCAAACACCCCGUAAUCAUGGAGCUGGAGGAGAAACCGAAAUAUGGCGAGCCAAGGAAGUAUGACCCCACCUUCAAGGGCCCAAUCCAGAACAGGGGUUGCACAGACAUCGUGUGCUGCAUCCUCUUCGGUCUUGCCAUAAUGGGUUAUAUUGCAGUGGGAGUACUCGCCUGGUCUCAGGGUGACCCCAGAAAGGUGAUCUAUCCCACAGACAGUCGAGGCCAGUUCUGUGGGCAGGCGGGCACCCCACUUGAGAAGAAGCCACUGUUGUUCUACUUCAACAUCAUGAAGUGUGCCAGCCCCAUGGUGCUGCUGGAGUUCCAGUGUCCGACCACACAGAUGUGUGUGGAGAAGUGCCCAGAAAAGUUCAUGACGUUGGUCAAAGCCUACACCAACAAAAAAGACUUUGACUACUACAAGAACUUCUGCAAGGAAGGUGUGACAAACACAAUGGGUAUACCAGAAAUCCUCAGGUUAGGCCUCUGUCCUUCCAUGCUGAUGCCCAGCAAGCCCUUCACACGCAGGUGUUUCCCAGCUCUGGGCCAGAAAGGAGGUGUGAUAACUGUGGGAAACAUCUCUCGCUUUGAUGAUGGAAGUGGAAACAUGAGAGACGCCAAGGAUCUCAUGGAUGGAGUCAAGAAUGCCACUGUGGUUAUUGAGGCUCGUCAGGUGGUCAUGAAAAUCUUUGAGGAUUACACACAGUCCUGGUACUGGAUUCUCAUAGGGUUGGUUAUUGCCAUGCUCACCAGCCUGCUCUUCAUCAUCCUCCUACGCUUCCUGGCAGGGAUCAUGGUCUGGAUCAUGAUUGUCCUGGUGAUACUGGUCAUAGGAUACGGUAUCUUCCACUGCUACAUGGAGUAUGCUUCGCUGAAGGGAGAGCCAGGAGCUAACGUGACUCUACAGGAUCUGGGCUUCCAGACAGACUUCUCGGUCUACCUGCAGAUUCGACAGACGUGGCUGGCCUUCAUGAUCAUCCUGGCCAUCGUGGAAGUCGUCAUCAUCCUACUGCUCAUCUUCCUCAGGAAAAGGAUUCUGAUCGCCGUCGCUCUCAUCAAAGAAGCCAGCAGAGCCAUUGGACACGUGAUGUGUUCCCUUUUCUUCCCACUGUUCACCUUCAUCCUCCUGGCCAUAGUUAUUGCCUACUGGGCAGUUACUGCUGUUUUCUUGUCUACCUCGAAUGAGCCCAUCUACAAAGUUUUCAAUGAGUCGAUAUGUGAACACUCGAGGAAAGUGUGUGACCCAGCUAACUUCUCGAGCAGUCCAAUGCAAACGCAGUGCCCCGACUCCCAGUGCCUUUUUGCCUUCUACGGAGGAGAGACAGUUUACCACAAAUACCUGAUCGGCCUGCAGUUCUACAACGUCUUCCUCUUCUUCUGGUGUGCCAACUUUGUCAUCGGUCUGGGACAGAUGACUCUGGCCGGGGCCUUUGCUUCUUACUACUGGGCCUUUGUCAAGCCAGAUGACAUGCCUGCCUUCCCAGUGUUUUCUUCCCUCGGGAGAUCUCUCAGGUAUCAUACCGGAAGUCUGGCGUUCGGCUCCCUCAUCCUCUCCAUAGUUCAGAUCAUUAGGGUUCUGCUGGAGUAUCUGGACCACAAGCUGAAAGGAGCCCAAAAUAAGUUUGCAAAGUUCCUGUUGUGCUGUCUGAAGUGCUGCUUCUGGUGUCUGGAGAAAUUCAUCAAGUUCCUAAACAGAAAUGCGUACAUCAUGGUGGCGAUUUAUGGCAAAAACUUCUGCACCUCAGCCAGAGAUGCCUUCUUCCUCCUCAUGAGGAACAUGAUCAGGGUGGCCGUCUUGGAUAAAGUGACAGAUUUCCUCUUGUUUUUGGGCAAACUGCUCAUCGUUGGGCUUGUGGGCGUCUUUGCCUUCUUCUUCUUCUCUGGGAGAGUGAAGGCCUUUGAGGACACGGCUCCCAAUCUCCACUACUACUGGGUGCCCAUCCUGACUGUGGUAGUUGGCUCGUACCUCAUCGCUCAUGGAUUCUUCAGUGUGUACGCCAUGUGCGUGGACACAUUGUUCCUCUGUUUCUUGGAGGAUCUUGAGAGGAACGAUGGCAGUGCAGAGAGGCCAUACCUGAUGCCUGAGAGCCUCCGCAAAAUCCUGAAUAAGAAGAACAAGAACCAGCCGGCUGAGUAGAGCACGUCCUCUCACAGUGAGAGCCUUAGUGAGGCGAGACUGUGGCUGAAAACUGACUGUGGUAUGAGUCAGAGGGAACUGGUCUGGACCAGAGCCUAAUGCCAUCAGUCACCAGGAGCCUACAGGUGACAAUCAGUAGUGUCAUACAUUGUAUUUUUUUCUUCCAAAAACUUCAGUCCAACGUGUCGUUCCAUCAGGGUCUAAAAAGGGAGUUCACAUUCCCACAUAUUUCCGUUUCUUAUGAGUGAGACAUUUUUGAUCUCUGUAGAUUUUAGGUUUUUUUGUUUUUUUUCCAAAAACAUUUUAAUUAUGUUGUAAAUUAUUUUUAAUCAAGUAAGCAGCCUACUUUCAGCAUGUUUUUAUUUUUAAUAUUUGAGUGUUAUAUGAAGGUACACAUAAAACUAAGGAUAAUCUAUUAAAGUUGUUGUAAUCUUAUGUAAUAUUUGAAUAAAUAAUUAACCAUAUUGUUACCAAAGCCAUUACACUGCCAGUCAGGCAUAUUGUAGUCAAGACCUUUUCUAUUUUCAUAGACUCUUACAUAAAGUAUCCGAUGCUGUGGUGCAACUUUUAUCAGCAACACUAUGGAGAGAUAUAAAUGAGAACAAAAGCAAAGCUUAUAUUGUUUUUGAUGUUUAGGCUUAUACUCGUGUCAUGUUUGUGGAACUGAAUUUGAGAUUGUUUUUGAAAUAAAACAUAGUUUUUUAUUUUUUA